CUAAUUGUUUUAAAAAAGGAUUCAAUUGCAGCGCGAACAAAAAAAAUUGUUGUUUAAAACAAAAACACAGACUAAGAGUGUGUAAAAAAAAGAAGUGAAAAACUGUCGAAACUCGGUAUUCACAACGAAGUGGCUUAUUUUUCUUCGGUCGUUCGUUCACCACACAUUUUUUCUUGGUGAAUGCGACGACAAAGGCAAAGCUUAUAUUCAGAGAAUAAAUGUGAAAACAAUAUUUGUUUUUUGUUAAAUCAUUCGACUACGCCAUUCAAUCGUGCGAUCGCUACGAAAUCGAAACGAACGCAUAAAAAAGAUAAAUUUGUUCACAGAGAGAGAGAGAGAGAGCAUACUGUCGAACUUUGAUCAAACGAAUACCGAAGACAACAACAAUAUAAAUAGAAUGAAAAGUUCAUUUAUUUUGUUAUUUUUAUAGCGACGAUCAAGAUUGGUGCGUAACGAAAAGCAAAGACAUAAACUAAGAAAUAUUCAUAAACAAUAUAAUACAAUAUCUCGAAGUAACUAUGCGAUUGUGGCGUGUUUUUCUUACGGCCAAACCAAAUUACGCGAAUGAACAGUCGAUGACAACAUAAUAUUAUACAGUACAGUAAAUAUUAUAAUAAAUUACGAAAAAAGGAAAGCACACGAAGUAAUAAUAUACAAAAUAAAACCGAAUCGUGUGAUUCAGAAAGAAUAUGUACACCAAUUAUUUGAAAUUGGCAUUCAAAUCAAUAGUGCAUUAUUAAGACAAAAACAAAACGUGAACGAUAAUAAUAAUCAUUUGCUUUGAUGUUAACAUUGUUUUGAAUCCAUUGUGAAACAAAAUUGAAUUCGGUUACUUUUCGAUAGACAAAAUAAAACUCUCUUCGUAUUUGAUAUAACACAAAUAACAAACAAAUAUAAGAAGAAAAUGUCACGUGAUAUAUUUUCUAUGGUAUCGUCAGAGAGUGACGGAAGAAAUGAUCAGCAAGCGGCCGCUGCGACCAGUGAGCGAAUCAGUAAUCGACAGCGUGAUGAAUCGACUACAGACACCGCCAACGAUCAAAACCAACACAUUGAACCAAGCACCGAAGAACACGUUCGUCCUUUUAUCAAAGAACGAGUAUACUAUGCCGCCAAAGAUGGUCUACCAAUUGCACUCACCUCAUUGUUAUCGAGCGUUGAAAAUGAAUCGACAAAAAAUGCCUAUAUCAAUCAGCAGAUAGUCGAAGAAGAUGGCCAAUCGUUUACACCAUUAGUGAUAGCAGCACGAAACGGUCGUUACAAAGUAGUUAAAACGAUUUUAAAUAAUUUCAAGCCAAAAAUUGAACAAGAAUGUGUGGUCAAGUUUGACGGUCACAUUGUGCAUGGAGCAACGGCUCUUUGGUGUGCAGCUGGUUCUGGACAUCUUAACGUAAUCAAAUUGCUUAUUCAAUAUGGUGCUAAUGUAAAUCACAAAACCAAAACACACUCAACUCCAUUGCGGGCUGCCUGUUUCGAUGGACAUUUAGAUAUAGUAAAAUAUUUGGUGGCUCAUAACGCUGAAAUAAAUCUAGCAAAUGUGUAUAAUAACACAUGUCUGAUGAUAUCAGCGUACAAAGGUCAUACGGAUGUUGUUGAAUUUCUAUUGAGCAAUGGUGCUGAUCCUGAUCAACAAGCUCUUUGUGGUGCGACCGCUUUGCAUUAUGCAGCUGAAUGUGGUCAUGUGGAUAUCUGUGCGUCACUACUUGACUAUGGUGCAACGCUCAAACGUAAUGAAUUCGAUAUGACAGCUGUGACAACGGCUGCCGAACGAACCAGAGAAUUAGUUGUAGAAAUGUUUUAUGAUCGACCCGGUUUAUUGACAAAGGAAGAGAAAAUAGACGCAUUAGAGUUAAUGGGUGCAUCAUUUGCUAACGACAAAGAUAAUUAUAGUCUUAACAAAGCUUACCAUUAUUUGCUAUUAGCCAUGGAGUCAAGAUAUGAAGAUCCAAAGAAUGUGAUUCGGAAAAAAAAUAUUGCACCAAUACCGGCAUAUGAGAAUUGGAUUGAAAGCCAAACCGUACAGGAUUUACAAGCUAUCCGAUAUAAUCACAAUUCAAUUCAUAUGGAAUCAUUAACAAUACGUGAACGUAUUCUAACAACCAAAUGUCCCGAUGUGGCUCAUCCAAUUGUAUUUCGUGGUGCAGUUUGCGCCGAUAAUGGCAGAUUUGAUAGGUGCGAAAGUUUAUGGUUACAUGCGCUUGGACUUCGGCAAAACAACAACUUAUCUGUACAACGAGACCUCUUACGGUUUGCGCAAGUGUUUUCUCAGAUGAUACAUGUUUCGGUUCCUCUGCGUAUCCAAAAUAUUUUGGCUGUAUUAGCUGCAUGCAUACGCGAACUAAAAGUAAAUAAAGAAAAAUUUACGAAUCCCGGUCCAAAAGAUGAUCUCGAAAUUGUUAUGGAAGAAUUCGAAAUGAACAUCAUCACCGCAUUGUAUCUAUGUACCAUACUCACAAAACUAUUGAAAAUGGAUGCAAAAAUAACUGUAGAUGAUCGUAAAAAGUCUGGCCAUUUAGUUUAUAUGCUGAACAAAAUGAAUUUGAAAUUACGCGAUGGUCAAACGCUCCUUCACUUGGCUGUGAAUGGUGUAAUGUCUGUUGAUGAUUUUCACACGAGUGAUGUGUGCCGUUUUCCGUGUGUCGACACCGUUCGAUUGUUGUUGGAUUGUGGUGCAUCAACGACCGUAUUAGAUUGUGGCCGUAAUUCACCAUUACAUACGCUAACGGCAACCUUAAGCUUUCGUAUGCCUGACCCGCAAGUCGACAUCGAUACCAUCAAAGAAAUUACAGAUAUGUUCAUUGAAGCUGGUAUCCAUAUGGAUGCGGUUAAUGUUGAAGGACUAACUGCUGCCCAAAUUUGUACUUCACCAUUCAUCCAAGUGCUGUUACGACGAUACGAAUUUAACGAAGUUAGUUUACGAUGUAUUGCUUCAAGAUGCAUUGCACAACACAAAAUACCAUAUAGAGGCAUUGUACCCAAGCAGCUUGAAAUGUAUAUUGAAAUGCAUAGCUCCGAAAAACUACACACCUAAUGUGCACGUCACCAAACGUUCUCUCUACAUCUCUACAUUAUCAUCAUGACACAUAUGUCGCAUCGUGAUCAUACAUUCACACGCAAACAUACUCAAGUCAUGGAAAGGAGAAGUGAUAUCAAUGAAAUAAUAUUAUGUAAAUAAUAAAAUCGUACCUAUAUUUAUUAAAUUACCAAUUAUAUUUUGUCUAA